UGGCACUCUCAUGAUGGGAACCACCUUCACCCCAAGCCUGAGUCCGAUGACUGAAAUAAAGUUCUGGGCAUUGGAUUCGGGAGGGGGACCUCUUGGGGUACGGGGGUACAGAGGAACCCAGCAGGAACCCGGCAGGAAAGACGAGUGGUCGCGUGGGUUUCCCACGUUGGAUACCACGCUGCAGCAGCUACCUGUUGCGAGCUGCCGGGCGGCGAGGUUCGCGUCCAGCCAAGCGAGAGGCGCAGCCGCGCGCAGUUCUCGUGGCGGCCGCGGCGCCUAGGGCUUCCGUCGGUCAGCUGACUGCCCAGUGCGGAACCGCACCGCCAGCCGGCCGCCGCGCUCAGUGCAGCCUGCCAGCCGGCCCGCCACCAUGGCUGGGUUCGUGGUCAGUGGAACUCAAGUGUCCUACAUAGGCCAGAACUGCAGAGAAAUUCCAGAGCACCUGGGCCGGGACUGUGGACAUUUUGCAAAAAGGCUUGACUUGAGCUUCAACCUCCUGAGGUCACUGGAAGGACUGAGCGCGUUCGGGAGCCUGGAGGAGCUCAUUCUAGACAGCAAUCUGCUCGGGGACGACCUCGUGUUGCCACGGUUACCCCACUUGCACACCUUAACCCUCAACAAGAACCAGAUAUCUGAUUUGGAAAACCUCCUUGAUCACCUGGCAAAAGUGACACCAGCCCUAGAGUACCUCAGCCUGCUGGGAAAUGUGGCAUGUCCCAAUGAGCUGGUCAGUUUGGAAAAAGACGAGGAAGACUAUAAGAGGUACAGGUACUUUGUUCUGCACAAGCUGCCCAAUUUGAAGUUUCUGGAUGCUCAAAAGGUCACCAGACAGGAACGAGAGGAGGCAUUGGUCAGAGGGGCCUUCAUGAAGGUGGUGAAACCCACGCUGGAAUGGACAAGUGCUCUCUCAAACCUGAUUCCAUCAAGGGACAGAGCUUCUAAUUCUGCUCAGUUCAGACCUCUCUCUGCUUCCAUUGGAGAUGAUACUGCCUCUCCAGAGAGCCACCCCCAGUACACACCUUUGCCAUCUGCAUCCAGAGAGCUCACCAGUCACCGAGGACAAAGGUUAAGGAAUGAGGAGGUGGCUUGAUAAAGCGCUUGCCAUACAAGCAUGAGGACCUGAGUCUGUUCCCCAGUGCCCAUAUAAAAAGGUAAUGUACAGAUGUAUACAUCUGUAUUCUCAGAUCUGGGGCUGGGUAGAAGGAAUCUGGGGACUUGUUUGCCAGUCUAGUCUAAUCCAUGUACUCCAGGCCAUUAAAAGACAAAUAUUUUAAAAGUAGAUGGCAACUGAGAAAGAAAAGACAACUGACAUCAACCUCUAUAGACACUCACGUGAACAUACACCCAGUACCCAGGCGCCUACACAAAUCCUCAUGCGCACACCACCAUCACUACUACCACAAGUUUAAGAGUUAGUACUACAAAAGGUUUGUACUGCUGACAUUCAGUAUGAAGAACAUGACUGAUCUUAGAUCAAUGAAGACUGGUGGGUGUUGACAUCACACUAUGAAACUAAUGAAACAAAUAACCAAGAACAGAGGUAGCAAUCAUCACAGACAGGUUUAUAGCUCACGGAUUAGUCUUUUAUGACUAUUUCCUGUCUUUGUCUUCUGUGUACUUUAGAGAUUUAAGUCCUAUUUGUACCCAGACAGCUAUGUGCAAGAGAAUUUUAAGUUAAUUCUUCUAAAAUUAGAAAGAACAAAGUGGUGGUAAGAAGGCAAACAGAGGUUAUAAAUAUUUUCUUGGGAAAACACUUUUUUCUUAAUAAUUUUAUAGAGUUUCACUGUAACCAGUAUCUUCUGAGUAGAGGUGAGUAUUAAACCCAGACACUUCCACACUCUAGGCAAGUACUAUUCCUCC